GGCCAGAAAAUGAGGGCGGGGAUGGAACUCCGGACGUGGCUUUGUCCCGCCCUCGACGUGACUUUGCCCCGCCCCUCACGGCGCCCUCCGGACCGCGUAGAGACAUCCGCUCAGCUGGCUUUGCUCAGCCGGCGCUGCGCGUGGUGCAUGGUGCUUCCAGGGAGAGCCAUGGCCACUUUCCGCUUGGCCCUCAUCCAGCUGCAGGUUUCUUCUAUCAAAUCAGAUAACCUCACUCGAGCUUGUGGCCUUGUCCGGAAGGCAGCCACGCAAGGAGCCAAGAUAGUUUCUCUUCCAGAAUGUUUUAAUUCUCCAUAUGGCACAAACUAUUUUCCUGAAUAUGCAGAGAAAAUUCCUGGUGAAUCCACACAGAAGCUUUCUGAAGUAGCAAAGGAGUGCAGCAUAUAUCUCAUUGGAGGUUCUAUUCCUGAAGAAGAUGCUGGGCAAUUAUAUAACACCUGUGCCGUGUUUGGGCCUGAUGGAACUUUGCUGGUAAAGCACAGAAAGCUCCAUCUCUUUGACAUUGAUGUUCCUGGGAAAAUCACAUUUCAAGAAUCUAAAACAUUGAGUCCUGGUGAUAGUUUCUCCACAUUUGAGACUCCUUAUUGCAGAGUGGGCCUGGGCAUCUGCUACGACAUCCGCUUUGCAGAGCUUGCACAAAUCUACGCACAGAAAGGCUGCCAGCUGUUGGUAUAUCCUGGAGCUUUUAAUUUGACCACUGGACCAGCUCACUGGGAGUUGCUUCAGCGAGGCAGAGCUGUUGAUAACCAGGUGUAUGUGGCCACUGCAUCUCCUGCCCGGGAUGAAAAGGCCUCUUAUGUUGCUUGGGGACACAGCACUGUCGUGAAUCCUUGGGGGGAGGUCCUUGCCAAAGCUGGUACUGAAGAAACGAUCGUGUAUUCAGACAUAGACCUGAAGAAGGUGGCUGAAAUACGCCAGCAAAUUCCCAUUUUUAGCCAGAAGCGAUCAGACCUCUAUGCAGUGGAGGCGAAAAAGCCCUAAGACCCUCUCGAGAUGAUACAGCUUCAGCACACAUAUUCUCCACACCAUAUUAGUUAAAAGGACUCCAGCUGCCAUUGAAGAUUAGGAGAAGGAUUUGGCUCUAAACCUUAUUCCAUACUUAAAUUGCCUCAAAGCAGUUGGUAAAAAUAUCAGAUCUCCCAUAUCCUGGUGGUUGAUUCACCCGAUACAAAUGUGUUUGUGUCCUAAAUCUUUUAUCUCAUUGCUGGAAUUGGAAUCCACUAUGUAGAAAACUUGGUCUGAUAUACUUUUUCAAGCAAUACCUUAAAGUCAGGUUUUUGGUCUGUGAGUAGCUGUGGCAAGCAAGUCAUGGGUCAUUGGUGUUUGCUAGAGGUGAGGGCCGCCCCUCCAGCAGCCUUUGGGCUCUUACAUUCCAGAAGGAGCUAAAGAUUCAACCCCAGAGCCUCCUGGUCUUGGAAGAAAGACUGUGUCAACAAUGAGCCCUUUGGAAGAUGGCUGUGGUAGCUUUUGGUCAAGGCAACUGAAGUAUGUCUCUGCAAGUUUCUUGAUAGGGGUAAGUGUCAGAGUCUCUUUUUCUCCCUAGUAAUAGUGUCUAGCUUGAUAAAGGCGAAUUUUUAGCCUAGUUUCAGAAUCUUUUUGCACAAUUAAAACAUUAAGAAUUCCAAUGAGCUUUUUAACAUGUUUGUUAUAGCUAGUGGUGGGCUGGUAAAUGUUCACCAGCUGUCUAAGGAAUAGCCCUGGUUUUGUAGUAACAUUUGCCAGUUUGUGUGGUGUAAAUAAUUUCCACUGUAGCCAGAUGCAGCUGUCAAUCUGACACCUCUAAACAUAGUUGGAAUGGAUGUGCAUCAUCUGACAUAUGUAUACAUUCAUGAAACCCCUUCAAUCAAGGUAAUGAACAUACCUACCACCUGCAAAAGUUUCCUUGUGCUCUUUUAUAACCCCUCUAGCUGUUCUUGUCUCCAGGCAAUCAGUGAUUGGCUUUGUCACUAUAGAUUUGUUUGCAUUUUCUAGAAUUAUAUAAAAAUAGAAUCAUACCAUAUCUAUAUCUUUUGCUUGUCUUUCAUCAUCAUUUGGAGAUUUAUUCAUGUGUGUGCAUGAGUAAUUUUUUUCUUUUUUACUAAGUAUUAUUCCAUUGUAUGGAUGUAGGGAUAUACCAUUAUUUCUCCAUUCACCUGUUUAUAAUAAACAUUUGAGUUUGAUUUUGGCGCUCUUACAAAUAAAACUUCUAGAAAUA